AUGCUCUAUGAAGGAGUGCCUGAAGAUAGAAUGGUGAAGCUUCUUCAGAUUGCAUUGAAGUGCAUAUACAAAUCUGCCGAUGCUCGACCAACUAUGAGCCAAGUUGCCGAGAUGAUACAUUCAUUGAAGGAAGAAGAGGAUAGUCAAUGGCGAGCUCUGAAUCCUUCAUCCAAGGUCUCAUCAUCGUCAUCGGCGUCCUCUCCAUCUUCUUCCUCCAAUCUCUCCCCAAACGCUUCAUCUCCCGGUACCGCCGCCACCCGCCAGCAAAACUCAACCACCAUCCAAGGCCGUCGCCACUUCAUCGCCGGAGCCCAAACCCUAGCCCGAGCCCGGUCCCAAUCCCCUCCCUCCCAAACCUUAAUCAAGUCCUCCAUCUCCUCCGCCGACCUCGCUAUUGCCCUCGAACCCCGCGAUGCCGCUCCCCACAUCCUAAAAGCCCUAGCUCUAGAUCUUCAGGGUCACAAGAUUCCUGCUCUCAAAUCCCUCGAUGUUGCCCUUUCUUCUCCUCAAUCGAAAACCCUAGGGCCUAAGGAGAAGGCUGAUGCUUUGAUUAAGAGAGCAGAGUUGAGUUUGGGGGUUGGGAAGAGGAGGAGGAGAGUUGAUCAAGCGAUUGAGGAUUUGACCGAGGCGAUGAAGAUUGGGGAGAGGAGUGGGAAGGGAUUGGGAUUGCUUGGAGAGUGUUAUGAGUGGAAGGGGAUGAUAGAGGAGGCCAGGAGAGCGUAUGAGGAGGCGAUCGAGGUUGAUGGGUCAAUGGAUUUGGUGAGAGAGAGGUUGAAGGGGUUGAGGGAAGCAGCAAAGGUGGGAUCUUGAUGGAGGUAUUUGAUGAUUUUCUGAUGUAUUAUUCUUAUUAUUAUCAGUAGUUUCUAUUGUAAUGUGAGUUUUAGUUUAGUAUGAGGUAUGAAAUGAAUUUUCUAUUGACA